UCUGCGCUGUCAAAAGAAACGUGUCGCAUUUGAGGUUAUGUCACCACAUUUAUUUUGAUUGUUCUAUAUUACCAAAACAGUGUAAUUAAAGCAAAAAAUGACCAACAAAAGAAAAUUAAAAACCCGAAAACACGAUGAGAACGAGUUCGACCCCGUCCCGAAACACUUGGUCACCGACCAUCUAAAAAAUCAAGAGAAACGUUUGAUAGUAAUCCUAGAAGAUGCCCAAUUGGAAACAGUAAAAGUAGGUAAUAAAUUUGAACUGCUAAACUGCGACGACCAUGCACACAUUUUAAAAAGCAACAACAGAGACGUUGGCUCUUGCCGGCCCGAUAUAACACAUCAAAGUUUACUGAUGUUACUUGACAGCCCCUUGAACAGGGCGGGGCUGCUUCAGAUUUACGUACACACCAACAAUAAUGUCCUCAUAGAAGUGAAUCCACAAACCAGGCUACCUAGAACUUUUAAGAGAUUUGCUGGCCUAAUGGUUCAGCUGCUUCAUAGAUUCUCUGUUCGAGCAGAAAACGGUCCUAAACUGCUUAAAGUGAUAAAAAAUCCCAUCACCUCACAUCUCCCUGUAGGAGUGCAGAAGAUUGCCAUGUCAUUCUCGUCUAAAGUGGUUAAGAAUCCAAGGGAAUUAGUGCCUUCAACGGAAGACCCAAUUGUAAUGGUCGUAGGAGCUAUGGCCAGGGGCAGUUUAAAUGUUGAUUAUGUAGAAGAUACAAUAUCAAUUAGUAAUUAUCCUUUAUCCGCUGCUUUGACUUGUAGCAAGUUAUGUUCAGCUUUUGAAGAGGUUUGGGGUGUAAUUUAAUGUAAUAAAUAUAGUGUUUAAUUUUUAA